CCUUUUGCUUCUGCCUUUGGUACAUCUUAUCUUGGAUUCUAUGGGAGGCUUUGAGGGUCAUCUGUACCCUGGCCUGUCCUUAUUCCUCUAUGGACUUUAUCAUGCAUGGCUUGUCUCCAGGGCCUUGAUACUCAACUCCACUGUCCAAUAUCCACCACGCCGUCCUUGGAGCAAAGGAAGAUGGGCAAGGCUACGGCAAAUGUAUUACAUCGGCUUUCUGAAGAUAUUGAGUGCCUGUAUUUUAGUAGCUCAAGAGAUGCAUAGCAUUCAUGGACAGCUGGUACUCAUCAGCAAGAUGUAUCAUCAGAGAAAUUUUAUGUACCGCAAACAGUGGCAGCACCUCACUCUCUACACAUCCUUCUUCCUGAGUGGGUGUGUAGAUGUGGUCAGCCAGAACCUGCUGCCCCAGAGGUGUGUAGCUCUCGAGAAAGGCGCCCAAACCCUGAGUCUGUUUCUCUUUCUGCCCCUGAUGGUUUCUCAUAUGCAGGACACAGAAGGAGUGGAGCUGCAGACUCACAUGCUUCUCACACAGGCCAUGUUGCUGCUGACACUAGUGGUGACCAUAGAGCUGUGGACUUCCGACAUGUGGUUGAUCUGGAUGAUGAAGGCCUUUCUGUAUCUUGUCACAGGCUCCUGGCUGAUGCAGAUAGGCUUUAUGCUGUACAAACCAAUUUCUGGCUAUAAAUGGAUGGACGAUGAUGAAAAUGACAUGGCAUUUGCCACUACUUUCUUCUGCUGGCAUGUAGCCUUCAGUGCCCUCCUGAUGAUCUGGAUCUACGGCUUCUCCUUUUUGUGGUAUUGUUACCUCUUCACUGAUGCUUGAACCUGGGUGCUCCCAAGUGGUUUCCUAUGACCUGCCUUCUUCUGGGACAUCUGGAUGAGUUGUGAGAGGCGAGUUGUGGGAGAGGUGGGAUCAGACAUCCUUUCUUCAGGUGUCCCAGCCUGAAGCAGCAGACUGGUGCAAAAGGCAUCUUCUCUGCCCCCUGGCUUUCCUUCAUCUAAUUUGCUAAAGUGUACAGAGGAAAGAUGAAUGAAACAAGGGAGACGUGCAACUAUGACUUUUACUCUCAGUGCACCCCGUUUCUCUCCCCCUCCCCACCUCCAAACACAGCAAAUGCUUGCCCUGCACCUCUCUGAACCCCUCACUUCCUACCGUGAGACCUCUACAACAAACUGACUAAAUCCUUUUUGAUAACUGUCCCUCACCUUACCACAUGGAAUACCCACCACCAGUCACAUUCAACACAUCCUAAUAAUUUAGCCCCAUAUGACCACCUCAUCAUUUCUUGUUCUGGACCUCUGUGAUGCCCAUUCCAAAUCCAGACUGUUGGUUGAGCUACAUGAAGUACAUAGAAUUGUUCCUGAUUCUCUUUUAUUGCUUUGUGAUUUGUCAGACAAAAAGGCAAGCCCUUGUGAACAGUUCCCACCUCUGCUGGGCCUGGUAGAACAGAACAAUCCCCUGAAAAUAAGAGCGGUCCACAAGGGCCUCCCCAGCACAGGUUCAUCCCUCUGCUUCUCACCCACUGCUCUAUACUCAUCUAAAUCAAUUUCCAUGUAGUAGAUCACCUGGACUCA